UCUUGGGGUCCGGCUUUGAGAGAGAAGGGGCUCGGAAGCGGGAUUGUGACUUUAAGCUUCUACUUCAUUGAAUCUCCGCUCUGUAAAGGGAUCUCUUUUUCCUCUUUUGGAUUUCAUCUCUGUAAGCGCUGAUGAAAGGUGAGUUUUAAUCCAACCAUGGGGGUUUGACCAUCUUGUAUGACUCAAGUCUCAAGAGGUAAUUCCCUCUUCUCUUCUGGUCUUUCAGAAUAGAGUCUGCUGAAUUAAACGUUUUAGAUUUGCUACUUCAUUAUUGAACGAAAGUAAAGGGAAACGUUAUCCGUUAUUUGCCAAUUAAAAGAAAUAAAGAAGAAUUGAAGGCAUCAUUUUGACCCUUGUUAGGUCUGUAUGUGGCAUAAUCAUAAUAGGCUAAUGUUAUUUUACAGCUUGUUCCGCUCUUUGCCAUAGUAAGUGAUUGCCAAUGUUAGAUCGCAGUUGUCUUGUUUCCCCUUUCAAGUAUAAGCUGUUGCAGUUAUGUUUUAUUUGGUGUUUUUAUCUUUACUGAGAAAUUUGGUGGAAAAAAACAAUAACAAAACCAAAAACGAGAAUUGGUGCUGUUGAACUGAAACUCCCCUUUCUGCGGCAGUCAUUUGCGCGUUUUUGUAGUUUGAAAAAGAGAAAGAGAAACAAGAGAAACAUACAGUUUAAGUAUCAGUAUAUGCAUCUACUGGGACAAUGUCAUUCCGGAGUAUAGUUCGUGAUGUGAGAGAUAGCUUAGGGAGCUUAUCUAGACGGAGUUUUGAUGUGCGGCUGACUGGCCAUCACAGAGGAAAAUCUCAUGGUGCCAUACAUGAUCAGCCAGAAGUAAUUGAAAAUAGUUGCUGGGCUAGCUUGCCCCCAGAAUUGUUGUAUGAUAUCAUUAGAAGGCUAGUAGAGAGUGAAAGUACAUGGCCUGCACGAAAGCAUGUUGUUGCAUGUGCUGCAGUAUGCCAGUCUUGGAGGACUAUGUGCAAAGAAAUUGUUGAGAGUCCAGAGUUUAGUGGCCAGCUUACAUUCCCUGUGUCCUUGAAGCAGCCAGGAUCACGAGAUGGAACCAUUCAAUGUUUUAUCAAAAGAGAUAAAUCUAAUUUAUCAUAUCGCCUUUUCCUUUGUCUCAGCUCUGCUUUGUUAGUUGAAAAUGGGUUUCAAUUUGCUAAGAGGACGAGAAGAACAACUUACACAGAGUAUAUUAUUUCCAUGGAUGCCGGCAAUAUCUCUAGAUCCAGUAGCUCUUACAUUGGAAAGCUGAGAUCAAACUUGCUGGGAACCAAAUUUAUAAUAUACGAUACACAGCCUCCCUACAAUUCUGCCCAUAUACCACCUCCAGGGAGGACAAGCCGAAGGUUUUAUUCAAAAAAGGUUUCACCAAGGGUCCCUUCCGGGAGUUUCAACGUAGCUCAAGUAAAAUAUGAAUUAAAUGUGCUUGGGACACGAGGCCCAAGAAAGAUGCAGUGCAUCAUGCAUUCAAUACCAGCAUCAGCACUUGACGAUGGUGGCACAGUCCCUGGCCAACCCGAGCUACUUCCUCACGCCUUGGAGGACUCGUUCCGGAGCAUCUCCUUUUCAAAAUCCUUAGACCGCUCUAUUGAGUUCAGCAGCUCAAGGUUUUCUGUGAUUGGCGAAGGCUGCAACAACGAUGAGGGCGGCAAGGCAAGGCCCUUGGUUCUAAAGAACAAACCUCCAAGAUGGCAUGAACAAUUGCAAUGUUGGUGCCUUAACUUCCGUGGCCGGGUAACAGUUGCAUCAGUUAAAAACUUUCAGUUGAUUGCUGCUGCCCAGCCAGCAGCCAGUGCUUCCACACCAUCUCAGCCGGCACCGUCGGAGCAAGAUAAGAUAAUCCUGCAGUUCGGUAAAGUUGGGAAAGAUCUGUUCACCAUGGAUUAUCGUUAUCCUCUAUCGGCCUUCCAGGCUUUUGCUAUAUGCCUGAGCAGCUUUGACACCAAAUUGGCUUGUGAAUAAAUUAUCGCAAAUCAAAAGGGCAGUAAGAUAAUGAAGAUCAAGAUUGAGUAGUGACUGUUAAUUUUCCCUCUUAGAAUUAUUUUUCCUUCCAUUUUACUUGAUAACAUGGUAAUAAAAAUAGGCCAUUGUUCAUGUUACCUGUUAGCUGUACGACUCAGUUGCAUCAGACCUGAGAUAUGAAAGGGUUUGGAGUAUUUCCAACCCAAAAAGAAGCUUUGUUUCUUGAUUCAGCCAUGGAGUGUCGUCUUCUAACCAAAUGUAUCAUUGAAUUUCAAUUGAUCCUGGCUUGUAUGA